AUGAAUAACAAAAUUCGAUUUUAUUCAGAAGAUCCAAAUCAAUAACUUCAAUAUAAUUAACAAUUUUCUAAUCAAUCAAAUCCAUUUGAUCCUUAUAAUAACUAAUAAUAAUAAGGGGUUUAUUAAUUAGGAAAUUUUGGUCAUGCUGCAAUCAACAACCAAACAGAUUUAUAGAAUUUAAAUUAAAAAGAAUUAGUAGCUACAACUGAUUCUGUUGGAAGAGCUGGAUUCAUUGUUAAAGAAUAUGCAACAAUGACCUUUUAACUUGCUAUCACAUUUCUAUUUAUUUUGGCAUCCUAUUAUUUUGAAAAUGUGAGAAACAUCAUUAUUAUUAUUAAUCCAGGGUCUAUUCAAUAUACACCACUAAUGAUAUUUUGUUUAAUUAUUGCAUUUGUUAUUGAAAUUGCAAUCUUUUGUUGCAAAAAUGUCUCAAGAAGAAUUAUAAUUAAUUAUGUAAACUUAUAUAGGUACGUUUAAAUUACAUAUUACUCAUCCUUUUUACUUUGUGUUACAGUACACUUGUGGUUGCUUCUUGUAUUAUUUGUUUUUAUUUAUUAUCAAACGGAGAUGAAUUAUCAAUUUUCUAAUUUUUAUAGUUUAAUUAGUUAUCAUUGCAGCAGCAAUGAUAACUAAUAAUUACUUUAUUAUUAACAUUUUAUGCCUGGCAUACUAAAACUGAUUAUACAGCAUAAGGUUUUUUAUUUUAUUUAUUUUCAGGUAAAUUCUGUUUUAUUGUAAGCUUAACUUUAUUAACGAUGUGCAACAUUGGUUUAUUUAUUCGAAAUAUUUGGUUCUAAUUAUUUAUUUGUACUUUUAGUAUCAUUCUCUAUGAGGUUUUCUAAUCUAUGAUACACAACUUAUUGUUGGCGAACAUGUAAUCUUAUUUUAUUAAUUCUCUAGUCUUAUUACUUAUCAGUUGAUGAUUAUACUAUUGCUGCUCUAUUAUUAUACGUCGAUAUAGUCAUACUCUUUUUGAAAAUAUUAGAAAUUUUGUUGUAUAUUUUUGGAAAAAGGUGA